CGAUUCAAAAUUGAGCGUCUGUCAAAUGUUUGACACAUGACAUUUCACAAAUGUACAAACACACAUUUGCGGUAGCACACUUCGUUGACAGCUUUCAUUUCUCAGGUCUUUUCCGCUUAACUUCUCAACAUGGGUCGUGUUCGUACGAAGACUAUCAAGAAGGCCGCUAAGGUCAUUAUUGAAAAAUACUACACCCGCUUGACCAUGGAUUUCCACACAAAUAAGCGUAUUUGUGAAGAAGUCGCCAUUAUUCCAACCAAAUCACUUCGUAACAAAAUCGCUGGAUACGUUACGCAUUUAAUGGGCCGUCUUCGUCACUCACAAGUGCGCGGUAUUUCAAUCAAAUUGCAAGAAGAAGAACGUGAACGUCGUGAUAACUAUGUACCAGCUGUAUCAGCAUUGGAACAUGAUAUCAUCGAAGUUGAUCCAGAAACCAAGGAGAUGUUGAAACUUUUGGACUUUAACAACAUCAGUGGUCUUCAACUUACACAAGCCACCACCCAAAAUUACAACAACCGUCGUAAUUAAAUUUUGAAAAUUUACAUUAAAUGGCAACACAUAAUGUAUAAUGUGCGACGCAACCUCUUUUGUGCUCUCAUAACAACGAGUGUAUGAAAAUAAAUUGAUUUAACAUCAACAUCAAAUAAAACACAAUACAAUUAUUGAA